AGCCCGAGGCAGGGCAGAGGCUUCAGCAGACAUCAUCGCGCGUGCGCAGCUCACAGGCGCAUGCUCAGAGAGUGACCGCGCCGGGGCGCAGAGGAGGACGUGACGCCGGCAAGAUGGCGAAGGUCUCGGAGCUGUACGAUGUGACCUGGGAAGAGAUGCGUGAUAAAAUGAGGAAGUGGAGGGAAGAAAACUAUCGGAACAGCGAGCAGAUAGUGGAAGUUGGAGAAGAGUUAAUUAAUGAAUAUGCAUCUAAGCUUGGGGAUGACAUAUGGAUAAUAUAUGAACAGGUGAUGAUUGCUGCCCUGGACUGCAGUCGGGAUGACUUGGCAUCGUUUUGUCUUCAGGAGCUAAGGCGACAAUUCCCUGGGAGCCACAGAGUUAAGCGAUUAACGGGCAUGAAAUUUGAAUACAUGGAAAGGUACGAUGAUGCCAUCCAGCUAUAUGACAGAAUUUUACAAGAAGAUUCAACCAAUACAGCAACAAGAAAGCGUAAGAUUGCCAUUCGAAAAGCCCAGGGGAAAAAUGUUGAGGCCAUCCGAGAGCUGAAUGAGUAUCUGGAACAAUUUGUUGGGGACCAAGAAGCUUGGCAUGAACUUGCAGAACUUUACAUCAAUGAGCAUGAUUAUGCAAAGGCGGCCUUCUGUUUGGAGGAGCUUAUGAUGACUAAUCCACACAACCACUUAUAUUGUCAGCAAUUUGCUGAAGUUAAAUAUACCCAAGGCGGGCUUGAAAACCUGGAACUAUCAAGAAAAUAUUUUGCACAAGCAUUGAAACUGAACAACAAAAACAUGAGAGCUUUGUUUGGACUAUACAUGUCUGCCAGCCAUAUUGCUUCCAAUCCUAAAGCAAGUGCAAAAAUGAAAAAGGACAAUAUGAAGUAUGCCAGUUGGGCAGCUAACCAAAUCAAUAGAGCUUACCAGGUUGCAGGUCGCAGUAAGAAAGAGACUAAGUACUCUUUGAAGGCAGUGGAAGACAUGUUGGAAGCCCUGCAAAUCACUCAAUCUUAGGCUGUCACAAAGAGAUCUAAUGUUAGAUUUUACAACUCCAUGUUCAACCUUUAAUGAUCUAUGAGUUAUGUUACUUUAAAUGCCUAAUUCCAUUGUUAGUUAAUGUGCUAUCUUAAAGGAUGUUUUUAUGAAAAUUUAAAAUGUCUAUUUAUUGCUGCUGUGAAGAAGACACAUGAAAACUCACUGAAAUGUAUAACUUAUCCCAGGAAGAUAACAAAGAAAUUAAAUGUAUUGCACAUCAGUCUCUUUAGAUCUUAUAUGUACAGUGACUGCUUUUUAAGCCAUAACCUGAUGUAGAAAUAAACUUGUUAAAUGAUCAAGUACAA